AGCUAUAUAUCUGGGUAUAAGCAAUAAGCAAAGUCGUGUAUCAUCAAACUCAUUCAUUUGUUUUUAUCAUCUCUCCUCUUUACAUAUAUAUACAAAAAAAAAAAAAAAAAAAAAAAAAAAAGGCAAAACACAAAAGAUCUAAGAGAAGAAAAAUGGGAUUUUGUUUGUGUUUAUCAUCAGGAGGAUCAACAGAUCGAAAUCAGAUUUAUGAGAUAACUGAUUAUGGACAAGAAAAUGCAGUUUUAUACUCUGAUGUUCCUCAAGACUUUGGCUCUGUCUCUUCUUUAGCCGGAGGCAAGGGCUUGAACCAAGAUGCUGCCAUUCUCCACCUGGGAUAUGGAACACAAGAAGGAGCGUUAUGUGGAGUGUUUGAUGGGCAUGGACCGAGAGGUGAAUUCGUAAGCAAGAUCGUAAGGAACCAAUUGCCAUCUAUACUAUUAAGUCAUAUGAAUAAUCAUUCAGUGACUCGAGAUUGGAAACUCAUUUGCGAAACAUCGUGUUUGGAGAUGGACAAAAGAAUUCUUAAAGUUAAAAAGAUUCAUGAUUGCUCUUCUUCUGGAACUACUGCUGUUCUCGCCGUUAAACAUGGAAACCAAGUGAUGGUGGCAAAUCUUGGAGAUUCAAGGGCUGUGAUGAUUGGAACAAGUGAGAAUGGAGAAACCAAGGUGGUUCAGUUGACCAAUGACCUGAAGCCAAGUGUCCCAAGCGAAGCGGAGAGAAUAAAGAAACGAAACGGAAGGGUAUUGGCUUUAGAGUCGGAACCUCACCUUCUAAGAGUUUGGCUUCCAACCGAAAACCGACCAGGCCUAGCCAUGUCGCGGGCUUUUGGUGAUUUCCUCCUUAAAAGCUACGGUGUCAUUGCGAUUCCACAAGUCUCUACGCAUCAAAUCACUUCCAGCGACCAAUUUCUACUGCUUGCUUCUGAUGGGGUGUGGGAUGUACUUAGUAACGAAGAAGUGGCAACGGUGGUGAUGAAGUCAGAAAGUGAGGCAGGAGCGGCCAACGCGGUGGCAGAGGCGGCGACUAAUGCGUGGAUCCAGAAAUAUCCAACGGUUAAGGUUGAUGAUAUCUCUGUCGUGUGUCUCCCUCUCAACAACAAGAGGCCACAGCCACAAAUAUGAACAAAACCCACUUGCUCAAAUCAAAGAAUCAUGACACGACAGCUCACACAAGACUUUUGUGUUCUGCCUAUUGAGUGAUCGUGACUCUAUAUAUAUAUAUAUACCGUUGUAUCUUAAGUCGGCUGAUUAAUUAGAGAAAAAAAAAUAAAAAAAUAAAAAAAGAAUGAUAGAAUUUAAUUAGGAAUGGUGUGUGUCGUGGGAUAAAAGCAACCAUGAAUUAUGACAUUUUGGACACAUGUCGUGGGAAUCUAUGUAUAAUUAUUGGACUGGCUCGGACUAGUUCAAAUUGAUUCUGUAAUUGCUAUAGAAAUUUGAUAAAUGAUAAUAACAUAUAACAAAAUGAUAGUA